CAGAUACUGUACAGAGGGCUUGUGUCCACGCCUUCUUCGUCCCAUCAAUACGGUGUCUUCAUUCACUCCAGCCAAGCUGUCUGACAAGGAUUUUCCAUGGCGAAAGUUUCUCCCUGUACACAUGUCACCCUUCUUCUUCUGUUACCUUAUUUCCUGACUGUAUCACUUGCCACUCAAGAUGACCUUGUAAUCGACACCAGGCAUGGGAAAGUUCAAGGGAAGUUGCUUUCAGUGCUAGGUGGCAAUGUUGGAGCAUUUUUAGGAAUUCCUUAUGGGAAACCACCUUUGGGGAAACUGCGAUUCAGCGCUCCAGAGCCAGUAGAGAGUUGGGAAGGAGUGAGGGAUGCCACCCAAUUCCCAAAUUCCUGCUACCAACUGCCAGAUACAACCUUUCAAGGGUUCCAAGGUUCAGAGAUGUGGAACCCAAACACUCCUUUAAGUGAAGACUGUCUGUACCUAAACGUCUGGUCCCCUCGUUUCAACAAAACCCAGCCUAAGCCCUCACCACUGGCUCCUGUCCUUGUCUGGAUCUAUGGAGGCGGGUUCAGUCAAGGAACAUCCUCUCUGGACAUUUAUGAUGGUCGCUUCUUGAGUAAAUCUGAAGGUGUUGUUGUGGUAUCAAUGAAUUACAGAGUCGGAGCUUUUGGUUUCCUGUCUAUUCCUGACGACAACAACGUCCAGAGCAAUGCAGGCCUGCUGGACCAGCGCUUGGCGCUCCACUGGGUUGCCAAAAACAUAGCUGCUUUUGGAGGGGAUUCUACAAAGGUGACUCUGUUUGGGGAGAGCGCUGGGUCAGCAUCUGUGGGCUUCCACCUGCUCUCUCCAGGCAGCCAUAGUCUUUUUCAAAGGGCUGUGUUGCAGAGUGGCACUCCUAAUGCACCCUGGGCCACAAUCAGCCAGAGUGAGACCUGGCACAGGUCUAUGAAGCUGGCGAUGCUACUGGGUUGUCCCCAAUCUCCUUCAUCUGAUAUGAAAGCUUGUCUGCAGGAGGCUGAUCCCCUGGAAAUUUCAUUGAAGCAAUAUAAUGUUAUCGUACAGCCUACACUCAUAGCCGCUCCCUUUGUCCCUUUUGUUGAUGGGGACUUCCUACAAGAUAAAGUCGAAGUGUUGCUUAGUACCGGUAACCUUCCAAAGAAAGAGGUGCUGUUUGGCUUAAACAAGGAUGAAGGGACCUACUUCUUAGUUUAUGGAAUGCCUGGGUUUAACAUCACCGGCCAGAGUCUUAUCACCAGAAAUGAGUUCCUGAGAGGAGUGGCCAUUACAAUGCAACAUGCAAGUGAUCUCACUAGGGAUGGGGCCGUGUUCCAGUACACUGAUUGGACAGAUGAGAAUAACAGGACGACAAAUCGUGACUCACUGGGUAGUCUGGUUGGAGACCAACUGUUUGUUUCUCCUGUGCUAGAGUUUGCUCAGAGGUACUCUCAACAUGGUGGUCAGACCUUCCUUUAUUUAUUUGACCACCGGUCGUCUGUCAAUCCUUGGCCAGAAUGGAUGGGCGUUAUGCACGGCUAUGAGAUAGAAUUUGUCUUCGGAAUGCCUCUGAAUGCAUCCCUGGGAUACACGAAGAAUGAAGUGAACAUGACAAAGAAGUUUAUGAAACACUGGGCCACCUUUGCCCGGACGGGGAAUCCAAGCAUUGAUGGAGAUAACUGGCCUGUGUUCACCCCUGAAUGGCAAGAGUAUGUCACUCUGAACUACAACCAUCCAGAACGAAGGAGGAUGAUGAGAGCUGAAGAGUGUCACCUCUGGAACAAAUUUAUCCCAAAAGUACAGAAAGUCUCAGAUGAUCUGCUGUCUUGUGAAAAAGCAAAUGGGAUUAUACUCCACUGUAACUACACCUUCCUCUUCAUUCUAUUGGUUAUAACUUUAACCUAUUGAUAUUUUUUCAGUAAGAGAUGCAGCUAUUCUCAUCUCAUGGUAUAGCAACAUGCUCACCAGCUCUGUAGACAUUGUAUUGCCAUGAGGUUUCAGGUAGUAGCAUUUAUUUUGCAGGUACUGGUGCUGCAUAAUGCCCAACAACCAAAUAGUGCUUUAAGUUAUGACAUGAGAAUGUAUUUCUCAUAAUAGUCAGCUACCAGUUUGUUUCUACUUGUUUGUCUUUCUUUCAAAAGUGUUCAUAUAAAUUGUGCUGAUUGCAGAGUAGGCUGAUUAAAACAUGUUGAGUGCACUUGUAUUGGAAAAAUAUGUUUGUGAAAAUCAUGCAGUUGACUUCAAUCAAUCACAUUUUGAAGUUUCAUUUGCAUUGAUGCAUUUUUAGCAGGAAAUGCAUUAUUUGCUUGUAAAAUCUGUCCUAAUUGGCUAAUACCACUUCAAUGUAUUGUAGACUACUUCAUCACAAUGACAAUCAGGAUGUUCUAGUUAUUAAUAAUGUGUUUAUUGUAUUUAUCAGUAAAGUCCAUGAAGUGAUUAUUAAAGAUUUGGAUAUAAUGAUGAUCAACA